CAACGCAACACAACGCAACGCAACGCAACGCAACGCACGCACGCACGCAAGCAAACAAACAAGCACGCGAGCCUAGCUGCCGCCGAGUGACGCGCGCACUGCCGGAGACAUGGCCGAUAUCAGCAAGGACGAACUCCGCAAGGAGAUCACCGCUAUUUUGAAAGAUGCUGACUUGACAUCAAUGUCAGCAAAGAAAGUUAGACAACAAAUGGAAGAAAAAUUAGAUGUUGAUCUCACAGAAAGGAAGAAGGAAAUUGAUGACUUAGUUAUGGAGUGCUUGCAAGAUAAGCAAGAUGGAGGUAAAAAGAAGAAGAAAGCUGCAAGUGAAGAAUCAGAAGAUGGGGUAGAAGAAGAAGAGGAAGCUUCUGAGGAAGAGGAAGAAGAGGAGGAAAAGAAACCUGCUAAACGUGCACCUCCUAAGAAGCCACCAACCAAACGUAAGAAGGCAUCUUCCGAUGACGAGGAAAGUGCUAGUGAUGAUGAUGAUAGUGACGAGGACUAUAAGACAAAACCAUCACGCAAGAAAGGCAAAGCUGGAAAGAAAGGUAAAAAAGGAAAGGGUGCCAACAGUGACUCAGAUUCUGAUUGGGGUAAGAGUAAGAAGUCUGGUGCUAAAGGCAAAAAAGGUGGUACCAAGGGUGCUGGUAAGGGCGGUGGUAACACGCGCGCCAAAACGCUCUCAGCUGACCUUGCCGCUAUUGUUGGUGCUAAACAAAUGACCAGACACGAAGCUGUUAAAAAAGUUUGGAGCGUUAUUAAGGAGAGAAAUCUUUAUGACCCUAAGAAUAAACAAUUUGCUAUCUGCGACGAUGACCUCAUGAAAGUUAUUGGCGUAAAACGCUUCAGGGUCUUUGGUAUGUUGAAGUACCUCAAAGACCAUUUUAUAGACUAAUUUGCUCCUCUGAUAAGAGUCCAUUCAGAAGUGAUAUAUAAAAUUCGUGACGCAAUUAGGCGUCUUCUCCAUCUUCGCGGUUUAAUAAAAAAUGCGUACACGUAAAUACACUGUGUAUACACGACAUACAAUACACGAUACACAAACACACGCGCUCACACACAAACACACAAGAAUAUUCAUAUGCAUUACUCGACAUUUUAAUUUUUUAAUAUAAAAGACUAACCUCAUAUUAAUUGUUAAGUUGCAACAACUGCCCCUUUCUUCAUUGAUGAAUUUCUUCAUUGUUUCUUUAGUCAUGUUAAGUAUAUAGACUUCUUAGAUUAUUCAAUCUCCAUGCAUCAUUAAUAUGACAUUUUUUUAUAAUUUUUGUGAUGAUAAUUUAUAAAAGAAGGGCAGUUAUUGCAGGCUUAUCUUUUUUGUAUCUCUUAAAUGAACUUUAUAACUAUUUCUUAAAGAGUCUCCCUAGUUUGAUGUUCUGAAAAUACGGCAACGAUUGGAGUUUAUUUCUUUUUUUAUUUAUUUUAUUAUUUUUUUAAAUUUUAUUUAAAGAAAAAUUUGAGUUC